CCACACUCGUCACUCAACGUCUAGACAAGCGCUUGUUCUCGAUUGUUCUCGCAAGCAUGUCGCAAGCUUGCGUUUCCAGACUUUUUCGUCCCAGCUCUAGAAAUGUCUCACUGAAUAUCGACUACUGCACAUUGCACGACACUAGCCUAAGCUCUUCCCGCACUCAACUCACCUUCAACGCCAUGUCCCUUGUCAACUUCUUCAACAACGACCCAUUCUUCUCUGAGUUUGAUCGUCUCUUUGACGAGGCCUUCGCCCGUCGGACCGGCGGCAAUGCCGUCCAACGCCAGGACAAUGGCAACAGCGCGCCGCGCGUUCUCCGACCAAGGUAAGCGACUCCGGAUGUUCGGCUAGGCGUAAAGGCCCUAGUCAUUGAUGCGUUUCUCUAGAGUUGACGUCCAUGAGGACAAAGAGAAGAACCUCGUAACCGCAACUUUCGAGCUUCCGGGCUUAACCAAGGAGAACGUCAACAUCGACGUGCAGAAUAACGUCUUGACCGUCUCCGGCGAGUCCAAGUUCGAGUCCAACAGCGAUGAUAACGGCUAUGUCCUUCGUGAGCGGCGCUUCGGUCGCUUCUCUCGCUCUGUCCCUGUACCUGAGGGCAUCCAGCCCGAAGAGAUCAAAGCGUCGCUGGAGAACGGUGUUUUGACUGUCACUUACCCGCGUCAAACCGCUGAGCAGCUGCCCAAGAGGGUUACCAUCUCAUAAGGGCGACAAAACAGGGGUUUCAGUCUGUAAAAUGGGAGCAGUCGUGUAGGAUUAUUGUAUCAACAGCAUUUUUGGUCAAUUGAAUAGGUGUUCCUGGGUGACGAA